UCUUCAUGUGUAAAGUUCUAUUAAAUAAAAAAUAGAAUGGCUUCUUCAUCUGGAUGGUUUCCAGAAGAUGAGUCAACAUUGUUUCAAUCAUCAAGUUCUUCAUCCACAUCCUUAGAGGAUGAAGAGCUUUUUUCCAUUCGUAUGAGGAGAGAGACUCAAAAUAUGCUUAAUUGUAUUCCAAUAAUACAUCAAGCAUAUACAGACCAAUCAUCCCGUCGACAGUAUAUUAAUCGUGAUCGUGAAAAAAGUCAUCAGCAAUUAUGGGAUGACGAUUUUUCUGAUAAUUGCACUUAUCCACCUGAUUUUUUUCGCAGGCGUUUUAGGAUGCGUAGAGAGUUAUUUCUUCGUAUCUCGAAUGAUCUUGAAAAUCAUAACUCAUACUUCAUCCGAAAGAGAGAUGCUAUUGGCCGCCUUGGUCUAUCCUCUAUUCAAAAAAUAACUGCUGCACUUCGUAUACUUGCUUAUGGAUUUUCUGCAGAUCAUUGUGAUGAAUAUUUCAAGAUUGGGGAGACGACUGCAUCAACGACAUUAAAGAUAUUUUGUUCCUCGAUAAUUGAAUUGUACGAGGAACAAUACAUGCGCUCACCAAACGAAUAUGAUAUUGCUCGUUUACUUCAAGAAGGUGAAUCGCGAGGAUUUCCAGGUAUGCUUGGUUCUUUAGAUUGUAUGCAUUGGGAAUGGAAAAAUUGUCCGACUGCUUGGCAUGGCACACAUAGAGGCCGCCAUCAUAAACCGACUUUAAUUCUAGAAGCAGUUGCAUCCCAAGACCUGGAUUUGGCAUUCAUUUUUUGGCAUGGCAGGUGGUAA